CUCUACUAUGUCGAGGGAUUCUCGUGUCAAGGUGACCUCCGGAAAAUCGUUGUACGGUCCCAAUGACUUCCAAAUAAAUGAGGAUGAGCCGCUGAUUUCCUUCUUCAACCAUUGCCUACCCCGCGAGCCCCUCAGCGCCGAACUUCCACGCCGUGGCAAUGGAUGCAGUGCUGACCGCCUCUCCAUCGAUUGCGAUUCCCUUGGAAUUUCUUUCCGGCGCACAGUCCGCAAGGGUGGCUUGUUCUUUGCAAUGUACCAACGGGAAGCAAUGUGGUUGCAGUUUAAUAGCAAAAAAAAAUUCGCUAUUCGGAUAUAUGUUGGCGGCCCUAUGAUUCCAAACAUGGCCUACUCUGCUCAAGCGGCAAAAUGGCGUUGUGAAAAAAAGCAGGACUACAUCAUCGUACCUGAACAGCCAUGGGUAGAUGGUAUUGCAACUGGUCCGGGUAUAGUUAAGCAGUUUGUUGCUGUUCCUUAUGGAUCGGGUUAUUCGAUCGAAUCACCGGGUCGGAGGAAAACGGGCGGGAUCCAAUUCGAAGUCAUACCGGCGUAUGACACUUCUGUGCAUUUCAAGGGAGCAGACAUCUAUCGCACACCUCAUGAAAUUGGACUCUCUCUCGGCUCCGAAAUGACGAUGGUCAACCCGAAGAUACCACCUUCACCUACAACCGCUUACAGCGGUAUGCAGAAUAAGGUUGCGAUACUAUACAAAAUCUCAAAUCAAAGAUUCAAGACAAGGAAGGAAUUCCGCCGGACCAGCAACGGCUCAUCUUUGCCAAAAAUGAGCUUGAAGAUGACUGGAAGCUUUCGGACUACAACAUUCAAAAGGAAGGGGGCGGGGGAAAUGAUGCCAACGAUGAGUUUCGGCGCUGGUGGGAUGAUCAAGCAGGCCAUCAACGAAGAUCACAACAAUCCACGUAUCUGGGACGUCGAGAGGGCAAAGGUCUUCAACGUACAAGUUCUGAAUGCGACCCACUUUGAACAUGUUACCAAGAUGAUGGCACCCCCAACCCCAGUUGACGUCAAAGUGUAUGCGGCAGCAGGUUUUCCCUUCUUCGACAUCUUCAAUGAAGUGCCAACUGAUAUCCACGGAUAUGACGCAUUUAAGACGAUCAAAUCUGUUUCUACGUUAGAUUCCGUUAUGGGUGCGGGGACAGGCGUCAGUUACGAGCCCGGCGUGGAUGUCCCUUUGCAAAAAUGCAAAUGCCAAAACAAUAUGCUGGGCUGUGUCAUUCGUCCUUGUCACCACGCCGUUUGCUCGGAGUGCGCAUCGUACGGUUCCUGCACUCGGUGCCCGGUUUGCAAGAAAUCGGUGACGAAGGUUGUGGGCAUUGCUGCCCCAAUGGGCGCCCCCGGCAUGGAGUCAGUUCCAAAACUUCCAGUAGUAUUAUUGGAGAUGACUCAAGUCGAUGAUGGGCGGGAGAAAUUCGUCAGCAUUGUCCGCAGUGGAACGAAAUGACGAAACUAUGGUUGGAUCGGGAGAUGGAAUAGCACGGUG